AUGUGGACAACCCUCAGAGCACAGGUGUCAAAAUCUUACGAUGUACUAUGGAGACGAUAUUCUUCCAAACCCCUAAGUGCUGAAGAGAUAUUCAAACAAAAAGCCAAGCAGGCAGAUCUCAAGCGAAAACAAACUGCACCAGAGUGGGUUAAAAGAGAUGAAGCAUUACGAAGACGGUACGGUAAAUGGAAUCCAACUAGGAAGCUAUCUAGACAACAGAUCAAUGAUAUUCGCAAUCUUAAACUACAGUAUCCUGCAAUGAAGACUAAACAGUUGGCGGACUUCUUCCUGAUCAAUCCAGAAAGUAUACGUCGGAUCUUGAAGUCUAAAUGGGAACCUACCGAAGAAGAAUUAGAAGAUAUCAACAGGCGAGCAGAAAAAAGAAAGCUUGCUAGCCAGGAGAAGAAGGCUGAACGCAUACAACAAGUUAAAAACUCAAUGGCAAAUGCUCCUCAAAUCAAAGGAAACAAGAGCUAUUCAAAAAAACACAAGGAUUUUAGCAAACGAAAGGAAACAUACUCAAAAAAGCCUUAUACACCAGGAGUAGGGGAUUUUAUAGAUUAA